AUGGCGAUACUUGUCUCUAUUGUUUCCCGACCGUAUCAUGCCGAUCGAUCCUCCCAAAUCAACACCAAUAACAACGCCGGCGGAUUCCAAGCACUGAAACCGGCCCUUGCGGUUUACCCGCAAUUCCUCGAGAUGCUCGUGACAAGGUUGUCUUCCGCAGACCAUGCUCUGUGCGCAAACGCCCUACAACUGAUCAAUUCGCUCAUGCGCGACGCGAUCACAAACGACAAUGAAACCGAAUGGCCCAAAUUUAUCAAACGAAUACAAGAUCUUGGAGUCAUCAAGGCAGUAUAUGUGUUAAUGCAGAGUUCUGCGCUACAAGAUUUGGCGCAUCCCUUGCUUGAAUUCCAAGCAUUGACCAAAAUAUUGCUGAGGAGGUGGAGAGACGUACCGGUGGACCUCGUUAAGCCCGAACACAGGCGGACCAUCAAAGCAGUCCAUCUCUCCAGCAAUCCAGAGAAGCAACCUGAAUACGAAGUUCGGAACGGAGAAUCCAAGCCAAAGCACAAUCCCCUUAAAUGGAGGCGACUCGGGUUCACCAGCGAGAACCCGGAGCCAGAUUUUGCGGACAUGGGGUUUCUGGGAAUGAUGGAUCUUUCUGACUACGUCCGCAAAUACCAAGAUGAAUUCCAGAACAUUCUGCUGGAACAAGCAGUACUGCCAGAACAGCAAAGGUGCCCAUUGGCCCGGGCAAGUCUGACGUUGACGGCCAUUCUAUUUGAGCAUUUCGAAGUAGACAAAAUGGACCUGGAGGAUUCCAAAAGCUACCUCGCACUGGAGAGUCGGACCAAUUUUGACAAGGUCUUCAAACCGCUGUUGCUGCACUGGAGCCGGUUGCACGUUGCUGGUUUACAUGCGUUCUUCAGAUUGUGGAAGGCAACGGGUGCCGAGGUGGACGACUUUCCCAAGAUUGUCGAACUGGUCCGGAUUUUGGUGGAGAGUGUUGUUGGUGGCGCAGAUCGCACCAAAGGGAUUGAAGAAAUUGAGAAAGAGAUGGCUGCUUUUGAGUACGGUAAACUUCGUGAGCUGCAGAUGGAGCUCCUGGAGCUGACAUACGAAGACGUCUGGGGUCAACACCUUCGUGGAGUCAAGGAAGAGUUGCAAGGCGAAGCUCUGCAAUUCGUCAAGGAGCAGAGGAUUCGGUGCCUUUUGGCUGGAGCAUGGUUUCCUAAUGGAACAUAUACGGAUCAAGAGGGCGGAGGCCCUGUAACGGAGGAUAGUCUGGUCCAAAAUGCGGCGCAUGGCUAUCGUUUCGUCAGGCUCUCGGAGAACCGCAAAUACUUACAUUGGGGCGACUUUGACGAAAAGGAGGAGCAGUCGCCUUCCACCGCAAGUCUCCGGGACAAGAUCGAUCUGUCCAUCGUGUCGUCUGUGGUUUCCAAUGUCACAGCCAAUGACAGGUCGUCGAUCGGCUCGGACUCGACGCUGAAAGAACUGCUACAUGACCGGUUUACCACAAACAAGAUCACGAUCCAUGGCUACCUGCCCAAAUCCCGAGGCAGCCGAGAAGGGCAUUCGAGGACUUCCUCAAAGACGUCCUCAGCCCGGAAUGGGUCCAAAGAAUCAGUUCUUCUGACCUUCCACCCGAACAGCCACAACCUUGCUUCAGAAUGGCUCGAUGGACUUUUGAUGCUCCUUGACCAACAACCCAUCACCGCCGAAACCAAUGGUCUCAUCCACAUGAUCAGCGAUUACGGGUUGAAGGUUCGGCUCCUAAACGUACGAUUCAAUGACGAGGAGGGGAUUGUGGAGGGAAUGGACGGAAUGGAUGGUCCUGAGAUACCAAGCCGAGAAGGUCUGGAUGAUGACUACUAUUAUGAGAUAUGA